ACACUGAAAGGACCCUCGGAGUUACGUCACCCGCUCGGCGACAGACAUCGGGCAGUGGCAGUUCUUCGUGAAGCGGCUCGCUGUUGAUAAAUAACCAAGGCAAUCGUUUAUUGUUUAAACAACAUAAUGCCUAAGGUGAAAAGGAGUAGGAAACCACCUCCAGAUGGCUGGGAGCUCAUAGAGCCGACUCUUGACGAGCUGGACCAGAAAAUGCGCGAAGUUGAGACCGAUCCUCACGAGGGCAAGCGGAAGGUCGAGUCUCUCUGGCCGAUCUUCAGACUUCAUCACCAGCGCAGCCGCUACAUCUUCGACCUCUUCUACAAGAGGAAGGCCAUCAGUCGAGAGCUUUAUGAAUAUUGCAUCAGAGAGGGCUAUGCAGACAAGAAUCUGAUUGCCAAAUGGAAAAAACAGGGCUAUGAAAAUCUGUGCUGUCUGCGGUGCAUUCAGACGCGCGACACAAACUUCGGGACAAACUGCAUCUGCAGAGUUCCCAAGAGCAAGCUGGAAGUGGGUCGUAUCAUUGAGUGCACUCACUGUGGAUGCAGAGGAUGUUCUGGAUGAGUCAAGAGGGCAACAACGUUUUGAACUUACUGAUUGUUGAUUUGUAUUUUUAAUACAUUUAUUGGGUUGUCAUUACAAUUUUGAAACGAAUUGUAUGUGUAUGCUUUGAUUUUUGUAUUUUUAUUAUUUUUCUUUCAUUAUUUGUAUUAAACCGUGGGUCUUAUUCUGGGU